AUGGAUCAAUGCCCGGUUGAAGUCCUCCACUCGAUCUUUUCUUACGCUUGCACUGAUGACGGAUCGACUGGACGCGCUCUCGGUCUCACCUCGCGAUACAUCGCGGCCGCCUCGCGUCCCUUCCUCUACGCCUCCGUCGCCCUCUUCGGCCCUGCACAAAUCGCAGCCUUUGCGACCCUGCUAGAGGGUCUCCACGCAUCUUCACCGUCGUCCGAUACGCCCGUGCUCUUCCUCUACAUUACCGACCGCGCCCAGAGCGCAAUGCGACGCCCCCCCGGCCAACCACACGACCAAUCCCGCUCGACGUUCACCCAGAUGCGGGACACGUUCAUGCCCACCGACGCCCCUGCCCUCGGCCUCGCCUUCUCCAUCUCCCGCCUCCUCCUUGCCGUCGCCCCCACCCUCCGUGCUCUCGCCCUCCUCCUCUUCCAUCGCUACCACACCGCCGACCACCCGCUCUCUGUCCCCCUCCCUCACCUCCACGAGCUCACCGCGCACACCUCCCUCCUCCACACCGUCGAGCACGUCGAGAUUGUCGACGGCGCCCCCAUGUUCCGCACCCCUGCCGGCCAAACCACCUACGCCGCCCUCCGCCGCCUGCACCUCAUCCAGAACGGCGCGAGCACGAUCCGCCAGUCCGUUCCCCGCGUCGUCGCCCGGAUCGCCCCGCGGAUCACCCACCUCUUCCUCGCCCGCCUCGGCCCGUCCUUCAUGCGCCAGGGCGGCGUCCACGGACACCGUCGCCCCUCCCACGGCGCGGGCGAGGAGUUCCCCGCGACGCUGCAGCGCGUGAUCGUCCAGACGCUCGACACCUCACAGUAUCGGUUCAUCGACCAGGACCUGAUGGCGCAGCUCAAGGAGCUCGCCGCAUCCGACGUGCAGAGGCGGAUUGCCGUGCUCGAGCCUGUCAAGCUCAACGUCUCCGGGGUCGGCACCAUCCUCGGCUUCAGCAUCCCUGACGUUGACUUCUACAUGAAGCUUCAGUCUCUGUGGGAGCAGCGCUUGGCGGGUGGAGAGGGCGUGUGGGACGUGACCGUCGUCGACCAAUGA